AUGCUGGGCCUGCGGGAGGGAGGGAGGCAGGCGCAACGGCGCAAGGAGGGAGAGGCAUUAUGGGGCAGGGCUUGUAAGAGGGAGGAAGAAGGAGGAGGACGAGGAGGACGAGGAGGACGAGGAAGAAGAGGGUCCCGUGCCCUUCGUCUUUCUGGCGAAGAGGGAGGAGUAGCAGCAGAAGCAGCAGCUUUACAGGGAGAUCCGAGGCCAGGGCUUCUUCCCUUGCCCUUGCCCCCCCCCCCCUCCCCGGUUUCCUUUGCCAUCUGCUGCAAUGACGCGCUAGCCAAGGCAAGUGGGAAUGGGCCCUCCUGCUGCAGCUCUUCCAUCCCUGUGGCCGCCCCUCCUCCUCCUGCUGCUGCGCGCACCCUUCUCUGCUCCUCCUGCAUCAGCGCCAUCGCCAUCGCCGUGACCGUGCCCACAAUUAUCAUCACCAUCAUCCUUUUCAUCGCCUCGUCCGCAGGCAUUUGCUCAAGGGAGCCCUUGCGAAGUGAGCAUCCUAGCUCUGCGCAUGAUCGGAGUGCAGAGCGGAGACCCGGAGAUAGAUACGUUGAUGUGACGGACGUGGGAGGGAGUCGUGCCGACAUGGGGCCCGAGAGAAAGGAGUAUAGAAAAGACGACAAAUAUUACAGCAGACAUUCUAGUAAGGAUACACAUUCCAUUCCAACACCAUCUGGCAGGCAUUUUGGAAGAGGUGACAAGUUUUCUGGAGAUAAAUAUGAAGGUGAAGGUAGAGGUGGUGGCAGGGACGAUUACAGAGGAGGAAAAGAAGUCGGAAGAUCAAGGGAUUAUGAUUCGAGGUCAUUAAGAGAGGAGCGGGGUAGUAGAUAUGAUGGAAAUGGAUUUAAAGAUUCUGGAAGAGAAAGUGGUUACCGCGGUGGUGACAGGAGGGAAGAAGGAAGGUUGGGCAGGGGGGAUGAUAGAGCAGCAACAGAGGAACGUGGCAAAUAUUCUUCGAGGAGAGACGAAUACCGAGAUACUAAAAUCUUUUCAAGGAAGGAAAAAUUUAGUGACAGGAGGUUUCACGGGAAAGACGAUGCAAAGCAAGAGAAAGGAGACUGGAGGGAAAGCAAUGGGACAAGAAGGCCUGAACACGAAAGAGUGAAGAGACUUGAAAAGAGUAUGAAAGACAUUGUGAAUGUGGAAAGACCUGCGAGAGAUGAUAUAGAUGAAUAUUUGGGUGACGGGCGUGGCAAUGAUAGGAAUAAAUCUGCAAGGUUUCGCGAGCGUGAUGGUUUCGACAGUGGCAAAGAGAAGCUAUCUCGUGAUGCAAGUCAUACCCCACGCGUGAACCUUGGAGAGAAGCACGGAGCGAAGGAGGCAAAUUUAAAGUGUACAGAAAAGGAUACCGCUGAGCACAAAGUUGGAGGAUUUACGAAGCUGAAGCUUAAAGUAGGUGGAAUUACUCACACUAUCGUUUCGGACUCUGCAAAGAAAGCAGAUGGUACUGCUGCCUCUUCUGCAGCAAAUUUUGUACAUAAGUCACGAGAGUCUGAACCAGCAGGUGCAAAUAGGCGUAGAAGACAACGUUUAAUAUUACAGGACCAGUCAGAUGAUGACGAAGAAUUUUAUCUGCCACCUCCAAAAGCACCCAGGAAAACUGAGAAUCACAACCCGGGCUUCGUGGGACAGACUGAGCAGACAACACCGAAUGGUGACAAAGUAAAUUCUGCUAGCAAAUCUGAACAUCCAAAAACGAUUGCCCUUGGGUCAGGAUCUUCUCUUCAAGGUGUUCGGAAAAGCUCUCGUGUUCCGAAACGGCGAGUUAUGGAUGGAGAUGAAGAGGACGUAGAUAUGCAAAGGCCAUCCGCGUCUUCUAAAGGUGGACGAUUCGUUGAGGAUGAAGUUGAAAAGGAAUCAGGAGAUGCAGAGGAGGAAUCCUCAGAAGACGUUGGUAAACCUGUGGAUGAGGAUAGUGGUGGUGGUUUAGUUGGUGAUGAUGAUGAUGAAGAUGAGGAGGAUGAGACGGAACCAGUAAAGCCUGAAAAAUUGCAACAGAGUCGGCCAACAAAGGAGGUCGUUGGGUCUGGGAUGGCGCUCACCGCUCGACAGCGUGCAAUGCAGACUUCUAAAGACGCAGACAGAGAGUCUGCUCCUUCGUUGAUUGAGUACCCAGAGGGUUUGACCAACCCUCUUUCUCGAAAAGGAAAGAUCAAUUUGUCAGAAGCUGAGAGGCAAGUCAAGAGGGUGGAAGCUGCUCAUCGUCGGAAACAGCAGGUUGAGAAAACCGCUCGAGAUAUUCAGGCAACAGCAAUUCAGCGGAUUUUAGGACAAGACUCUACUAGGAAAAGGCGUGAAAAUCGACUCGAGAAACAGAGACAAGAUAUUCAGCAGGAGAAGAAGGCAGCUGAACUUGCUCCCUCAAGCAACAGUAUCCGCUGGCAUCUUGGUCCUACUAGUUCUAUCGUUUCAUUCUCAGAAGACGUGGGACUUCCAAGCUUCUUUAGUUCAGGCCCUUGCAGAUAUCCACCACCUCGAGAGAAGUGUGCCGGUCCGACAUGUUCCAACUCCUACAAGUAUAGAGAUAGCAAAUCCAACGUUCCUCUCUGCAGCCUUCAAUGUUACAAAGCAGUCCAAAUCGCUCUUCCUAUCACCUCGACACAUUGAGGCAUCCAAACAUAGGAUAAAGCUCCUAUCUAGGAAAUUUUCUCAAUGUCAACUGGAUCCUAGACAUUCUGGCUGCAGUCUGAGAUCAUUCCCAACCAAUGAGUUACACGUUCGCAUCCACCCUUGUUAUAUUUGUAUACUUGGAACAUUUCUUCCAAAUUGGAUUGGGUGUGGUGCUUAAAUGCCUUACGUACUACGAUGCACUUAACUCUUUUUUAUUGUUAGCAGUUAAGAGUAGGGGCAUGGGAUAACAUUUUCAGCGGGGCAACAUUUUCAGUUUUUAACAUUGAUAGGUGUAAUUUUAAUUUAUUUUAUUUUUUAUCAAUAAUACCAUUUACAGCAUUAAGAUUUUAGAUUAAUGACAUAAAAUAAUGUCUUGGCACUUGUAUCUCUCA